AUGGCUACAGUGGCUUUCUCUCUGUGGAUCGUUGGCGUUUAGAUCUCCUUGGAGCAUGAAAUCCUCUUGCACCCUCGUUACUUUGGGCCCAACCUUCUCAACACCGUGAAGCAGAAGCUUUUCACCGAGGUGGAAGGGACCUGUACCGGCAAGUAUGGCUUCGUCAUCGCCGUAACCACCAUCGACAACAUCGGGGCGGGUGUAAUUCAGCCGGGACGUGGCUUUGUCCUUUACCCCGUCAAAUACAAAGCGAUCGUCUUCCGUCCCUUCAAGGGGGAGGUGGUGGAUGCCAUUGUGACUCAGGUGAACAAGGUUGGCCUCUUCACCGAGAUCGGACCGAUGUCUUGCUUCAUAUCCCGACAUUCGAUCCCUUCCGAAAUGGAGUAUGAUACUAACUCCAAUCCGCCCUGCUACAAGACUGUGGAUGAGGUGAGGAUUUUUUUUCUAAGGAAGGAAAAAAAAAGUAGGCAGACUG